AUGAACAUUAAAAUGAUGGUGUACGUCAAUUGUCACUUCAAAUUCGAUCAACAGAUGGCGAUGGCAACCAAUUUUGUUACUCUGGGUGAACUCUGGUCCAGCCACGUUGAAAUGGAGGAAGAAGAUGAAGCGAUAUUUUCCAGAAUCAAGGUCUUAAUAGAGAACCAUCUGCCAGACGGCUGGAGAGACUGGAAGGUGAUUGACUGGAAGAAAGAAGAUCUAUUUGGGAAAAAGAUAGACCACAAAGUAUUGAACAAAAUUCGCUUCGCCCUCCCCACAUUGGAACUGGUGAAAGCAUUCUACCCAGAAGCAACAUCGGUGGGAGAGAAAACCUACCGAAAUAUAAAAUUGAGGCUUCUCGACUGGAACCUCUGUAGAGCAUUGAUCAUGAGUCCACGGCAGGUAGCGUGUCAGUUACGAGGAUCUAUGGCUCAAGCGGAGCUCUUUAAUAAGGCGGUGGAACCACUUAAACAUACUAUGCGUUCCAGAGAGCUGACGUCGGAGGCCCUUUCAACGGACGGGGAGUCUAAUUAUACGUCCCGAAGUAAAAGGAGACGGUGUCAAUCGUCCAGCUCAGACGACGAGUACCCGGUCAGAACCGAGAAACCAAUGAAGAGGAGGCGGCGAGUAUUGUCUUCGAGCUCGGAGGAGGAUGUCAAUGAGACAAGGCUACGCCGCGUGGAAAGCAUGGUCGAGAAUCUUUACCACUUGGUCUCAGGAAAUAAAGAGAACGAUGGCAGCGUCAUGAAUUCGACGUGGCAAGCUCCAACUCCUACAGGUGAAGAGCUGUAUGACGCCGACAGUAUUGGCACAUGUGGCAGCGUAAACGACUGGGACACGUUUUCCCCUGUCACUAGGGAAAUCGAGCCUACAGUCCCUAGGGCGGACCCAGUAAUCGAGACACAGGGCAUGAAAUGCCAGCGUUUCGGGGAAGAGACAUGGAACAAGAUUCGUUACGUGGACGCUCAGAAAAAACUCCACGCAUCACCAGUCUUCAGUACUCUGAAGGUUAACUCAUCCUUGUACAACAAUGGACAUGCAAGCCCAAUGACAGAUAUGUUAUCCAAAAGUGACCUGGCCUUCGGGACUAUCUCACACGGUCUACUGAAGCAACGGAGAAUCAUACAUGAGGCUCUGAAGGAGGCGGGGAACAAACACCCGGAAGCGGCAGACACUUUGAAAAAAGUUUUUGCUGCUAACAGUGAAUACAAGACCAUCUCGGACGACCUGCUGCAGUUCGUUUGCGGAAAAAGGGCGGAAAUCAUCGAAAGUCGCAGGAAACUAUACGAGCCUAAAAGUAGUUACUAUAGGUCCAUCGUCAAUGAGAUUCCUCCGUCAGGUACGCACUUGUGGGAUGAAGAGCAGCUGAAAGAUGUGGUUAAAAUGCAUGGAGUGACGAAAAUUGCUCCUGUCCGCUGGCAGAGUAAUUUGGGAAAAGUCGCACUGAGACAGAAGGUGCCUCAAGGAACUUCUCAUGAAAAGUAUCUGCGUCAAGGUUCAUUUAAAAAAAUGAAGAAGGCAGAGUUUAAGCAUUCGCGUAAGCCGGGGGCGAAAAGUCAUACCAAGCUCGCAGGACAACUCGCCAAAUAUGUCUCUGCUUGGAAAAGUAUGGGAGCCUCACAAUCGAUUCUCAGUAUCCUGAAAGGCUACGCGAUCCCUUUCUCAAUAAAGCCACCAAUAACAGUACUAUCCCAACCGAUACUAAACAAAUUCGAGACACCAGCAUCCACACAAAUGGAUCGAGAAAUACAAAACCUCAUAAAUCAAAAGGUGGUAGUAAAACUGCAAACAAAAACAGGUUUCUUAUCAAAGAUGUUUUUGACGCCGAAAUCGGGGGGCUUGUGGAGACCAGUGUUCAAUCUAAAAAGAUUGAACAGCUUCAUCACGCCCAAGAAGUUCCGCCUUAUGAACCAUAGCAAACUGCCAUUAUUUCUCCAGGAAAGAGAUUAUAUGCUCCGCUCCACAGGUGUUUGCAACAGUUACGAACUGGGUGGCGAGCUACUUGAGGAAACAAAACAUUCGAGUAAUGGUCUAUUUGGACGAUUUUUUGAUCGCAAACCAGAAUCCAGAAGAACUAAAGCGAGAGGUAUCCACCCUGAUAGAUACUCUCAUAAAGCUGGGUUUCUGCAUCAACCUGGAGAAGUCCGAAAUAAGACCUACACAGAAAUUGGCAUAUCUAGGUAUUAUGUGGAACACCAUAAGAAAUCAAAAGAGUUUACCGGAGGACAAAAUCCACCGUCUGCAAACAUCAAUCCAAGCUGGAAUCAAGAGCAAGACUUGGAGCUGGAAGCAGGUAAAGGCACUGCUAGGGAGAAUGGAAUUUGCCUCGUUUGUUAUCCCAUUGGGUCGACUACAUUGCAGAAAGAUACAAAGAGCAGUCAAUCGGAUGUCAGAAAACCAACCAAAGAAACUGUUCAAUAUAGACCUGGACGUAUUGCGAGAGCUAAGAUGGUGGGAGAAAAACUUAAAAGGGUCAUCCAUAAUCUGCAUGAAAGAACCGGAAGUUCAUAUAAUAACCGAUGCCUCAAACACGGGCUGGGGAGCCCAAGUAGGAGACACUUUGAGGAAAGGAAACUGGACAGAGCAGCAGGAAAAGUGGCAUAUCAACGUGACCGACCACCUAUCCAGAGGAAAGGAUCUGCCAGACUGGCACUUAUCAAGGAUAGCUCAGAAGAGGAUCUUCGAAAAGUGGGGAACCCCUUGCAUCGACCUAUUUGCGACUCCAGAAUCAGCCGUCGUUACAAGAUUUGUAACGCAAUUCCCAUGCAAGGAGGCAGAAUUCGUCAACGCAUUUACAAGAACGUGGGAGUACAAGCUAGCGUGGAUAUUCCCUCCUCCACCCCUAAUACCAAGAGUUCUCCAACACCUCAACUAUUGUCAGGGAGUUUUCAUAAUGAUAGUCCCCAGGUGGGAAAGGGUGUUCUGGCGGCCCCUGCUGAAGAGACGUGCCAUCGACCACCCGUUCACCAUUCGGAAUCUGAAGGCUCACCUGGAAGAUCUUCAAACCAACCAGCCUCCUCCAAAGGUAAUGGAUUUACACCUGGAGGCAUGGAAGAUACGGGGUGGUCCGAUAUAGCGAAUCACUGGUCAAAGGAUGAAAGGAGAAUCUUAGAAACAUCCUGGCGCAAGUCAACUCUCAAAACGUAUGCCGUUGCAUGGAAAAGUUGGCAAUCGUGGGCGAAGAAAAGAAGAGUUUCAGUUAAAAAUCCAAACCCCACGCAGGUGGCUCAAUACCUCUGCUUCCUACACAACACAAGAAAAUUGGCGCUUAGAACGAUCCUAUUACAUAAAUCCACCAUUGCGACAUUCUCCAAUCCACUACAUAGUGAAGGAGUUUCCAGUAGCCCAACAGUGAAACAGGUAAUUAGAGGUAUUGCAAAUGCAAAUCCUCCAGCAACUAGGCCAAAGAUUUGGAACAUCGAUAAACUUCUAUCUUGGAUUAAUGAUAACCAUCCAGAUACGAAUAGUAUCUUUCAAGUGGCCCGGCAUCUAUCGCUGCUUUUGCUGCUAUCAUCGGGAAGGAGAGUCCAUGACUUGACACUCCUUCGAAUAGAUUCUGGUUUCUUUGAACAAACCGAAGAAUACAUAAUUUUCUGGCCACAACAUGGAUCUAAGACAGACAAGCAUAACUACGUCCAGUCAGGCUGGAAACUCCUCAAAAAUCGAGAAUGCAUCUGGGAUCUAGUACACUGGACAACCAUAUAUCUAGAAAUAUCAGAAAAGAGAAGGAACCUCCACUGUCGACCGAUUCCUCAACUAUUCGUCACAACUCGUGGGAAGAUAGGACCGGCAUCUCGGGCAGUGAUAGCAGGAUGGGUCCGCACAGCGUUGAAAUCGGCAGGUAUAGAAGGAGGAGCCGGCAGUACCCGCUCGGCAGUGGCAACAUCCCGCUUCAAUGAUAACAUGCCAUUGGAUGAGGUUUUGCAGAAAGGAAAUUGGCAGGGAUCAAGCAAUUUCUUCAAACACUACUAUAAAAAUAUCGAUAAGGAUUUGGUACCUGACAACAGCAACAGAAGACUUAUUUCGGAUAAAUUUGUCCCUAUAUAA